CUCCCCACCCACAACCAUCCAGCAAAGCAACCGAGACAGCGGAAGACGCGGAGCCACCGCGUGAGACGAGCGAGCCAGCAGCCCAGGCAGCUCAACGUCCGCCGCCACGAUGUGGAGCUCCGGCUCCGACCUCGACGAGUCCGCCUCGACGGCGACGGCGGCCACCGCAUGCUCCCUGCAGCCGCAGACGCCGCCUCCGCCUCGCCGCCGCCGCAGCCGCAACCGCCGCCGCGCCCAGCGCCGGGUCAAGAACGGCCCCGAGGUGGAGGAGUCUGAGGCGGAGGCGGAGGAGGUGUGGUGCGGCGCGCAGUGGGAGGCGGCGUGGCCGCGGAGGGCGCGGCCGGUGGUGCUCGCCGGGGAGGACGCGGCCCCGGACGGCGCCGGAGCGGGCGCCGGGGACUCCGGCGUGGGGCGCGCCCGGAGCCUGACGGACGACGACCUGGAGGAGCUCAAGGGGUGCGUGGAUCUGGGGUUCGGCUUCAGCUACAACGAGAUCCCCGAGCUGUGCGGCACCCUGCCCGCGCUCGAGCUCUGCUACUCCAUGAGCCAGCGGUUCCUCGACGAGCACCAGCCGCCGUCCAAGGUCGAAGAUUUGGCUCCGGAGCCGCCGGCGGUCGUGCCUCCUCCGCCGGCCCAGCCCAUCCCCAACUGGAAGAUUUCCUGCCCUGGGGACAGCCCAGAUGAGGUGAAGGCGAGGCUCAAGUACUGGGCGCAGGCGGUGGCGUGCACCGUCAAGCUGUGCAGCUGAUCAACCGCACCGUCAAUCAAUCCAUCCCACAGACGAAGGAAGACGAAGCCAACUCAUACUCGCAAGGCGGCAGCCCAAUUCAUCAGGCGACCUAUGCGCACGAGCGCACGCCAUCUGCCCGAAUCGCGUGGGAAUUACAUUACAUUGCAUCAAUUCAUCGCCAUCAUCACGACAACAAGCAGAAGGAAGGGUGCACGCAUCAUAUUGUGGACUUGGGAUCGCGCCUCUGAUGACAGGAAGCGAUGAAGCUAGCCAGGAGGAUGUCGCCGGCCAUUUCUAAUGCUGCACUCACACAUUAUGAUUUAUGAAUCACUGAAUUUCCGUUCAGAAGCAAGCACUAUGAAUCCUCGAUCCAAAACUGUGGCUAAAUCAUUCAUGUAAACAGACAAUAUUGUAUUCUCAAUUCAUCGGAAAAAUAAAAAUAAUUGAUCU